AUGGGUAUUCAAAGAAUUUACAUUGCAGAACGUAUGAUGAUACUGACAGUUUUCAUUGCUGUAUUUACGCAAAAAGGUUACACCGUUUUAGCGAAGUGUAUCGUUGUAGCUCAACAACAGCAACAGCCAAGUGAACUUUCUUCUGAUGGAAGCAGUGAAGCAAUUGAUAAAAGGAUAUCAAAUGGAAUGAGAGGGAUUAACUUGCAACUAGGAAUAUUAAUUAGCAUGAUUGCGUUAUUAUUGGUUAUGGCAGAAUAUGAUACGUUUCACAAUUUUAUGUCGAAACAAGUAGUAGAACUGCUUGCUAUUAUUGCAACAGCGAUGCUUUCCGAGACAGUUAUGAUGAUCAGUACCAAAUCAGAGCAAAAGGAGUCAGAUUCAUUAGCCGCACCACUAUAUAUUGAUAAUGAAAAAGUUUUUGAAAACAUCACUGACGUAGAAAGUCGAUGGACAAAAAUAAUCUCUGAAGCGACCGAAGCACAUCAAGCGAAACAUUACAAGCAAUCGCUUAUUAUGUCUCAAAGGCCAAUUGUAAAAUACUCAGAUCAAGGAAUUAAUGUAAAGUUGGCUAGACAAAAUAUGUGA